AUGAUCAUUAAAUAUUCACUGAUAAAUAAAGAUGUCGAUGAGCAACACGCCUCAGACCUCCCGCCGUGGCAUCUUCCCCCACCACCACCUGUAUCUAUCCCCCCGCCAGUUGAGCAAGUGCCGCACUCUGCUACUACCUCUACAGUGAUGGAAAGAUGUAGCUUUUUUCGUAAAACAGGUGCUUGUCGAUAUGGUUUUCUUUGUUCUCGUCUUCAUCAAUAUCCCAGUCCAUAUGAUGAUACUAUUGAAUCGUAUAAUAAUAUUACUAAUGAUCAAAAUAUUGUUGAUGACGGUGUUGGCGGUUUCGACGAACCAAUUGAUAAUUCUUGUUUAGUGUUAAAAAUUCCCAAAAUGUUCACACACUAUCACUUGGAUUUAACAAAAAAAGCUGGUUCUGAAGAUCAAGAUUCUGGUCUUGAAGUGGAUGAAAGUCAAUUACUCUCAGAUUAUCAUGAAUUCUACCAUGAUGUUCGUAUGGAAUUGGAAUCUAGAUGGGGAAAAAUUUCAGUCAUCCGAACGUGUCGUAAUUUAGCUGAUCAUCUUUGUGGUGCAGUUUAUGUUGAAUUUGCAAGGGGUCCAAGUGCCACAUGGGAUGCCGCUGAAGCUUGCAAUGGUCGUUGGUUCGCUGGACGUCAACUUACAUGUACUGUAGUCAGAUUAGGUGGUGGUUGGAGAGAAGCUAUUUGUGGUCUUUAUCAUCGAGGUAAAUGUCCUAAAGGAGAUCUUCGUUGUAAUUUUCUGCAUGUAUUUCUGAAUCCUGGAGAGACUAGUGCUGAUCUACAAAAAACUUUAUGGCAUCAUUCCAAUCGAUUUAUUAAUCCAUUAAUGGAUAAUAAUGAUUACAGUGAUCGUGAAUACUCUUCCACAUUGAAGUCACAUUCUAACGGCUCCUCAUCUUUUACCCGUUGUCUUCAGCAUCAUCAUCAUCGUCAUCAUCAGCGGGAUAAACAUAAAACACGAAAGCAAUCGUCCACCUUAAUCUCUUCACAUUCACAAUCCUCUUCUUCAAUAGGAAAUCAUCAUUCAUCUCGAUUUAAGAAUAAUGAUAAAAAUUCCAGUCCAUCUGAACAUCACAAGCAUAGAAAAUCUAAGAGAACUAAGCAUAAUAGAGAUGAUAACAAGAGAUCUUCUUUGAAUCGUUCACCUUCAUCGUCACCAUCAUCGACAUCAUUGCAUAAAAAGAGAAGAAAACAUGCUGAAAAUAAUUCCGCAGAUACGCUUAAUGAAACACAAUCUGCAAUGAUUCUUCCAGCUACUCGUAUUUUGAAACAAAAACCCAGUAUUUGGGUGGAAAUUAAUCAUGCAGUGGCCAAAUACAAACCGAUCAAUUUGGGUCAGGGUUUUCCAGAUAUUCUUCCAAAACAACAUGUUCUUGAAAGUUUGGCCAUUCUCGGCAAACCUGAUGUUAAUCCAUUCCUUCAUCAAUACACUAGAUCUAUGGGUCAUCCACGUUUAGUAACUGUAUUAUCUAAGCUGUAUACAAGUUAUUUUAGGUGUGAUCAUAAACUAUACAGUGAUUCUGGAAAACUGCAAUUGAACUCUUUUGAACCAGAUAGAGAGAUUGAUCCUUUAAAAGAGAUUAUUAUUACUGUUGGUGCUUAUGGUUCGCUUUUUACAGCUAUUUCAGCAUUAAUCAAUCCUGGUGAUGAGGUGAUAAUUAUGGAGCCAAGUUUCGAUUGUUAUACUCCAAUGACAGUUAUGGCUGGUGGUAUACCGAUUUAUGUAACACUUCAACUGCAGUUGAAUGAUGGUGAAGAGUUGAACAGUGAUUGUUGGAAAUUAAAUAUCAAAGAAUUGGAAUCGAAAAUCACAUCGAAAACAAAAGCAAUAAUAUUAAACACACCACAUAAUCCAUUGGGUAAAGUAUUCAAUAUAGAAGAAUUGAAAAGUAUUGCUGAUGUAUGCAUUCGUCAUAAUUUGGUGUGUAUUUCAGAUGAAGUUUAUGAAUGGUUAGUAUUUCCGCCUAAUCAACAUAUUAAAAUCGCCUCUUUACCUGGUAUGUGGUCACGUACAUUGACUAUCGGUAGUGCUGGUAAAACAUUCAGUGUAACCGGUUGGAAAUUAGGUUGGACAAUUGGACCAGAUAAUUUAAUAAAAGCUAUGCAAUUGCAUCAACAAAAUACCCUGUAUACAUGUCCAACUCCUUUACAAGAAGCGAUUGCACGAAGUUUAGAGAUUGAAUUGCCAUUAUUGCAUACGCAUCAAUCAUAUUUUAAUGAGAUGCGUGCAUUGAUUGAACCGAAAGGUCGAAAUAUGGUUGAGAAAUUGAAUGAAAUAGGAAUGAUAGCAGCAAGACCCAUUGGAGGAUAUUUUCUUGUGGCAGAUAUUUCUAAAAUAAAAGUUCCAUUGAAUGAAUUAGAUCAAAAUGAAUCAUUAUCGUAUGAUAUUAAAUUUAAUAAUUGGAUGAUGCAAAAUAAAGGUGUCUCUGCUAUUCCAAUGAGUGUGUUUUAUUCAACAUCUAAUCAACAUCUUGGUUCAAAUUAUUUACGAUUCUGUUUUUUCAAAGAGGAUUCAACGUUGGAGUCUGCAUAUAAACUUUUGAAGAAAUAAUGAUGAUCCGAUAAGUGGUAAACUACUACCCCCAUCCAUUGAAUAAUCAUGUUUGGAGUUGUGUUUUCAGUUUGUUUGAUUUGAUUUGAUUUUCCUUUUUAUAACCGGUUAUUUUAAACCCGGUGUUUUUAUAAAUGAUGACAAUCACAUACAUUAUUUGAUAUGUAUUUUCUUAUAAAAUAAAUUGAUGAUUGUAA